AACUCCACCCACCAGCAUCCUAAUAAGGAAAUAACAGAGAGAGAAUACGGCAGACAGAGUGGGAGGGUCGUCACAAUCGGCAGAAGCGGCCCACACCUCAGCUGAAGCGACUUCCAACCAUGUUUCUGCAGAAGCGGCUGGCCCCCGCGCCUCAGCUGAAGCAACUGCCAACCAUACAUCUGCAGAAGCGGCCGCCGGCCCCCGCGCCUCUGCAGAAGCGGCCCGCGCCUCAGCUGAAGCAACUGCCAACCAUACAUCUGAAGAAGCGGCCGCCGGCCCCCGCGCCUCUGCAGAAGCGGCCCGCGCCUCAGCUGAAGCAACUGCCAACCAUGCCUCUGCAGAAGCGACUGGCCCCCGCGCCUCAACCAUACCUCUGCAGGAGCGGCGGCCGGCCUUGAACAGACGGCCCGACCCCUCAACAAGCUAGAUAGGGAGAUCAUAAUUUGGUUUGCCCAACUCCUUAAUCGUCUUUCUCCUGUUACUGUGCAUCCAUUUGAAGAAAAGGGCGAAGGUAACUGAGGUGAGGAAUUGUGCAAACUAAUGCGUUUGUUUGAAAUGAGGAUCUUCUUCACUUGUGCAUCAUCAUGCAAAUUGUUUACAGGGGUGAACACUACAAUGGUAGGAAUUAUUUUCAAAACCAUACGACUAAAUUUUACAUCUGAUUUGGCCAAUAUUGCUGACACUUAGGUUGUACGGUUAUGAUUUUGAUGUGUCCUGGUGUUCCUGCUACUCUUGCAUGACUUGUUCAAUAAACA